UUGUAACAAGGACGACGACCUCGUUUUAUAUCCUCGAAGUCAAUAGUUAAGAAUCAAAAUAGAGGAAGAAGGUGAAGCAAAUAAUUGAUCAGAAAAUAGAGGAAGAAGGUGUGAGAGACUGAAGAAUGAUUCUGCGGUUGCUGUUUCAGAUCAUCUUUCUAUCAUGGCCAAUGAUCUCGAGGACACAAGCACAAGCAUUAGUAAAGCCUGGUUGUCCAUCCAAAUGUGGAAACGUUCCCAUUCCAUUUCCAUUUGGCAUAGGAGAGGGUUGUUACAUUGAUGAUUGGUUUGCCAUAGACUGCGACUCUAGUAAUAAGCCAUUCAUCAAGAAAAUCCACUUGGAGGUGCUUGAAAUUUCUCUAAAAGCUGAAAGCCCUUUUGUCUUCUCUCAAGAAAGCAACAGAUUCACCGCCUUAGGUUGCAACAACAUUGCCUAUAUGAAAGUCUCUGAAUUUUCGAUUGUUGGUGGGUGCUUUUCUACUUGUCCUGACAACAAGACCAAAACCGGAGAGAAUGGUUGUUACGGCAUAAAGUGUUGCCAAACCAAAAUUCCUUCAUCUCUCAAGGUAUUUAACACAACUAUAGGUACCUUUAAUGGUGGACGAAAUAGGAACAAUAUUACUGAAUGCGGGUAUGCCUUUUUGGUGGACCAAAAUUGGUUUGAAAAGAAUCAUCAAAAUAUUGAAAAAAUGACACAAGUUCCUGUGUGGGUCAUUGUAACUGCGAAGAGGGCUACGAAGGAAAUCCUUAUCUUCACAAAGGAUGUCAAGAUAUUGAUAAAUGCAGUUCCAGCAAACCGUGUGGGAAUUUGUUUUGCGAAAACCUUAACGGAGGAUAUGGUUGUUUCACAUCACCCAGCAAAAGAUCUAAGAUUAACACGGUGGCGUUAG